CUGAAACAUAAGGAUUGACUGGCAAAACGUUCUUUCCCUCCCCCUCUACAAAUCCCCUUUGUCAGGUAGUGACCAGCAUCGGGAUCAAACCCGCGAUGCCUUGUUCAACCUUGAACAUACACGGAGAUAAGAAUUUUCGAGACACCAUGCUGCUGACGAGUCGUGCUCUUGACCUCAAUGUGAGCGGAACUGUUGUUACGAGUUCCUACAUUGAAGGUUUAUCAGAGCUCGCUUAUUUCCACCACAUGACGAAGGAGUUGUCGAACUGGAACCUUUCACCGGGCUUGAUGGCCAGGGUGUAGAUCUCAUCCCAGCUGAUCCUCCAGGGAGCGCGCUCCAAAC